UCUUAUUACACUUAUAAAGCAUGUACGCACGUGUCUGUAAUUAAAUUAGGAAAGUUUCAUAUCUUGAGAGACGUAUUUUACUGGUAUUCUGGAUUGCUUGAACAAAUCGAUAGCAUUGUAGUGGAAAUGGAAAGAUCUUUAACAGUACAGAGAUUGUUCAGACGAAACCCAUCACUUCUGGAUUACGAUUUAACAAUAAAUGCGGAAACAAAAUCGUGGUUCAUUUUCCCAAAAAAUAAGAGGAUGAAACUUUAUAUGGAUUAUGAAGAUAAUUUGAAGGAUCGUUCGACUAAGUUCUUCUGCAGGUAUUUCUUAAUGAGAAGCACCAUUCUACCGGAUGGAAAAGUUAUAGCUGUAUAUACAAUCAUCGAUACUAUAUACAUAUUUGUCACAGUCUUUUAUAUACCUCUGAUGCACUUUUACCGAACUUAUUGGGAACCCAUGUUCUUCAUAAGCUCUUUAUUUGAUAUUUGGGGAUUAUUUGAUAUGUAUAUUCGUCUACAUAUUUGUUAUUAUAAUAAAAAUGGGAUAUUAGUGUCGCAUCCAAAGAGCACAGCACUAAAUUACUUGAAAACCAAUUUCUUCCUUGAUGUUUUGAGCAUUUGCCCAAUAGAGAAGAUAUUGGAGUUCGAACACGAAAACGCUUUGUAUAUUGAAAAUUACAAGCUGCAAGUUAUAUGUACCUUUAAUAAACUAAUUAAGCUGUACAGAUAUUACAAAACUAGAGAGAACUCGCUUACAGUAAGGUUGUCAUUAAUACGGACUUUUUCAAAUUUAGCACCUAUAUUGUUAGUCCUUAUUCACAUCAUGUCCGUUUUAAUGGUUUUGGGAACUUGUGACUUCGAUAUCAGCAAUGGAUAUAAAAUCAGCGUAAGAAAUAACACUUGGCUUCGGGGACAACGUAAAGUUCAAACUAUUGCACGAUUAAAGACAUUGCAUGAAAUAUUCAAAUUUAGGUAGCGUCCAGAAUGUCGUCGGCAACCCGACUUUGGUGAUUCACAUAAACUGCUUAUUCUGGGUUAUCCAUAAUAUGCUUAAUUCGCCUUUCAAUUCGUGGAUUGAUUAUAACACAUUUUCGAAUUGGGAGAUAUUCAUAACAUGUCUGUGCCUCGUCGGAGGAUAUUUAUUUUUCAGUUACGUAUUAGGUCAAAUGGCUCGUAUACAAGCCACACUCAAUCAUACACUAAUGGAGUACCAAACACAUACCAUGGAACUGAAGCAUUUUAUGCAAAGGGAAAACGUAAAUCGUAGACUUCAAAAGCAAAUAUUGACGUACUUUGAUUACGUUUGGAAACGGACCAUAGGAUUCGAUGGUAUUAAACCCGUCAAGCUGUGUCACGACGCACUUAAAGAAGACUGGAUUGUGAGAUACUAUGAGCCCGUUCUGGAGAAGGUUCCAAUUUUCGAAGAUUUAUCCUUCAUAGCUGGCAUUGCAAUUGGUAUACAUUUGCUGGAAGAUUACUUCGUGGAUAGAGCUAUAAUAAUCAAUUUCAAUGAUAUAAUCGACAAGGCAUACAUAAUUCGAGCAGGUGAAGUGCAAAUACUUAACGUGGAUAAAAAAUGCGUCGAAGUAUUAGGCAUUGGCAGCAUGUUCGGUAAUUUAGACAACGUCGUACAUAUAAGAAGCAUGGUCAAAGUUAUCGUAGUAAAACCAGUAGACCUCCUGUACAUAAACAGUAGAAAAAUGUAUGAAUUGCUGAAAGAUGCUCCUACCAUUCGCACGCGAUUAAUACGUCACAUCUUACUCAAUUGUCUGACGUAUGUAAAAAGCGACACUCCGGUGCAUUUCAAUGCUGCUGCAAUAAAUACAGACAUUCCCGUCAUCGUUCCUUGGAGUUACAAACGAACGAUGACGUCACCUAUAGUGGAAUGGUGCUUCAUGCUCUGCAAUUAUGUUUCGAUCCUAUGGACGUUCUAUAUUAUAGGAUUCGAAGUGAAAUCCACUUCAUACGUUUACCUGUUCAUAUUCUAUAUAAUAGACUUAACUUAUUUGCUGCAAAUCGUCAAUGACCUCUCCAUCAAGAAAUGGGUUUCAUAUGGAAAGAUUUAUGUAAAUAAACAGGCCCUACUUUGGUACCUAAAAUAUCGCUUACCUUUACAUGUGGCAUGCAUACUACCAUUUGAAUUAUUCUAUUUCGUGCAACCAAAAAUUAUGUGGAAAUACGUUGGUUUCCUACGAUUAAAUAGAAUAUUAAAAUUAUUUAGAAUAUUUAAUUUCCUGCAAAAGUACAUGGCUAUCAAUAUGAUUCUCAUGAAUCUAUUGGGAAUAGUCGCCGGACUCUAUUUGUUCAUACAUUGCAAUGCGUGUUUGCUGUAUGCUAUUUCCUGUCCAUAUAGAAAUUGUGACUUUGAGACGUGGUUCGGAAAAACCACUAUUGCGAAUGGCAAGAAAAUUAAACGGUACAAUUGCAACAAUGCCUACAUAUGCAGCUUGCAUUUUAUUGCAUCGUUGGUCAGUCACACUUGUUACGGAAGAUUCAGGCCAACUCAAGCGUACGAAAGAUCCAUUAUUGCCAUCAUGGCUGUAAUUGAUAGGAUUUUGCUGUACUAUUUCAUUGGACAAAUUUACAUAGUCGUUAAACAGCUGUCAUUUGCAAUGUUGAAAUUUGAAUACAAUCGAAACGAGUUGCAUUAUUUUCUAUCGUAUUCAAUGGUAUCUCCCAGGCUUAUACAUAAUGUGAUUAGAUAUUUCAACAAUCUAUGGUUGUAUAGCAAAGGAAGACACAUACCCUUGUUCCUCGAACGUAUGCCAAUGCAUCUGAAAAUGUCGCUUAAAGUAUCAAUUUACGGACAUCACAUUUUUAAUAAUCCAAUUUUCUUAAAUUGCCAUCCGGAUUUCCUGCGACAAGUUGCCGGCGUACUAGAAGUACGUGUAUUCUUCAGUGGAGAUACAAUCUGCAAGCAAAACGAAAUUAACCAAAGGAUGUAUUUCAUCCAACAAGGAAACGUCGAUGUGUUCGAGUCCAAUAAGUUUGAAGAAACUAAAGUUGAUGAACUCUGGUCAUUAGAUUGCUUCGGUUUGAUGCAAGGAUUAUUUGAAUUCUUUCCUCAUAAUUACAGCUUUAGAGCCACCACCAUUACCACAAUUGUAACUCUAACGUUGUGUAAUUGGAAACCAAUGUUGGUCUUUUUUCCAGCAUCGAAGUUAGAAAUUUACGACAGGUUUUGUAUGGAUUACUUAAAUCAGCUCACUGAACAAACUUAAUUAUUAAAUUAUUUAGAUUCGUGAUUGAAUAAACAAGUUUCUUUAACCCUUUUCAAAAAUGCCUUUAUUUUAUACAAUUAGUAAACAGAAACCGAAAGAAUAAUAAUUAUACAUCAAAUAUAUUUUUUUUUUGGUUUCAUUUUCUUAAAUGUUGUGUGUGGUUUCAUUGAAAAUGUUAAACAUUUUAUAUCUUAACCUUUUCGUGUAGUAACAAGGGAUUAUUAUCUAGGUA